GACAGACCGUCAGAAACAGGAGGAGAUAACCGAGAGAAGGAGCGACUCCGGCAACCGACGACAGCCGCUCCGGGAACCGCCGGGGGAAGAAAGAGUGGCGAAAUCCUGUCCGUGUUAUCAAGAGAGCGAAAGCAUCACCAAAAAAGAUAAGACGUCAGUGGAGGGAAAACCGAGUCGGUGAUUAUAUAUAUAUGUAUGUAUGCAUGAGAAGGAAAUACUCCGAAAAAUCCAAGGAAGGGGGUGUUUUGCGGAGCGGAGACGGAGAGGAGAGGCGGAAGAGAGCUAUAUAUCAUCAUAACGAGGAAAAACCUGCGAAAAAAGGGGGAAAACACCAACAUGAAAAAUCAUUAUGUGUCCGUCGCGGAGGAAGGAAAGAGCCCGCAUAGACAAUUAUAUAAAUAAAUUGCUGCCGGGCAGAAGGGAGAGGUGGAAAGAAAGACGGGUUUAAAGAGAAGGGGAAAAUUGCCAGGAUCAACACGAAGGGGGGCAUUCUCCAUCACAAAGAGUCAAUGAGAGGAUUUUGUGAGCCCAAAAUAUUUUAGGGGGGUGUCAACAUCAUUGUGCCGAUCUGAAGCUUUCCGCUUUCGAAAUAGCCAUAAUUUCUCAGCGACCCAUCGUCAAAUUUUAUCACAUUUUCGCCUGUCGCCGUGGCUGUGCUCCUGUUUUUUUUUUUUUUUUUGUUAAGAGCUUUGUUUUUCCCUUCGCUUGCACGACCAAGACGUCCUAAAAGCAGUGAUUGACACAGGUAUAUAUUUUCUUUGGAGUAUUCAUCACUCUUUGCAUUAUCUGAGAUUUCAAAGAGUUUAAAGCAAGCGAAGAGCAGAGGAGGAACCUCCGCUGGAGCACAAGAGAAGUAACCCCACACAGAUCGUCCUCUGCAAAAUCAAACUAAUUGGAUCAAUCUGACUGCCCGCUGAUUGGCAAUUAGUGCCGUGAUCGCCCUCCAGAACUAUACUGUCAGGGGAAUAAAGUCGAUUGCACAAGAGCAGUGAUUUUUUGACUAGAUUUUUCUGUUUUCAACCUUUUGCCAACCCCGCUGGCUGCAAGAGGCACAAUCGCGCAAAAGGGUUGCAACAACCCAAAUGUGCAAUACCGAGUCUGUUCUUUCUGACCCAGUGCCUUGCAUGGUCAAACACUUAAGUGCACAAUCUAGUCUGCAUGCACAUGCAAGAGAAAACUCAAUUCAUGGAAAUAGACAUCCGCAAUAGAUUUUCUUUUUAUGCGAGUAAGUGCAAGUGUGGGACUCUGGUGUUUUCAUCUCUGCAGAACUGUUAUUCUAUUUAUUCAGCUACUGUUAAGCCAAUGCAAGUUGUUUUUCUCAGUAUUGCACUUGAGAGCACCACUUAACGCUUUAACCGUAUUUUAAAGCCACUGCCGGUGGUCUCCACGCCGGUGGACUGCCUUCUUGGUUUGGAAACGUAAAGGAGUCGGUGGCAUUGAGAGCAGUGAGAUGUCUGGUCAGGUGAGAGAAAUGGUAAACGCAACCGAGGAUCUCAUAACUGUUGCAUGAGAUAUCGGCCUCCAGAAGUUAACACAGGACUACUCCUGGCUCGUCUUUUUGGAUCACAUUUACCGUUUUCGUGCCCACACCGAGACAGCCUCCACCGGAGCGUUUCAGACCUGAAAUACAGGAUUUCUCCGCCGACUAUGGCGGGCAGGACUGAGUGCACCACGGAGGACGGAUCUUGGGACAAUUUUUGUGUCGCAGAAGAGGCUACAUGAGGUUGUCAGAGGGCCGCACGCUUGCCUUUUUUGCCGACUCCACCUUCCCACCUCCUCCUCUUCAAAUCUGUGAAGAAACAAAAUCUCCGACAGGGGAGGGGGACUGAUAUCUGCAGAGAGGAAUAAACCGAGAGGGAGAACUGUGAGAGAAGGAGUUCAACAUUGCUCUCUUCUCCCCUACCGUCCCCCAAGCGGUGGGGGAACGAUCAGAAGUAUUUCUUAAAGGGAUAAGGAGACGCAAAUAAGGGAAAUACGUUUGCCCUCCGUGGAUCUACAGCAUUUUUUUAAUUCGUCAAAAAUAUGGCCGAUAAUGUCCUGGAGUCCGGCCCGCCUUCAGCCAAGAGGCCCAAGCUGUCCUCUCCAGCUCUCUCGGUGUCUGCCAGUGAUGGAAAUGAUUUUGGUUCACUCUUUGACCUGGAGCAUGACCUCCCAGAUGAGCUCAUCAGUUCCUCGGACCUGGGGCUGACCAACGGAGGGGACGCCAGCCAUACCAGUCUUGGGGGGGUUGGAGGAGGGAUUGGUGUGGGAGGAAGCCAGGAUGCGGCCGCAAAACACAAACAGCUGUCUGAACUCCUGCGCGCUGGAGCCCCAGCACAGCAGGGCGGCCCCACUUCCAACAGCACAGCACCUGGGGCUUCCAUGGGGAUGAUGGGGGGUGUCAGUGUUUCCCCCGGUGGACCUCAAGGCAUGCCCCCCCAGGGACAGCAGCAGCAACCUGGAUUAAUGCAGCAGGUUGGGAUGGUUGGAGGGGUGGCAGCUCUUAAUCGGGCAGCUGCUAUGAUGGGUGCUCAGAAGGGCAACGCUGGACAGCAGCAGCAAGGGCUGAUGGGUGGGCAGGUGAUGAAUGGUUCACCAAGAAUGGGUUACCCCAGCAGUGCAGGCAUGGGUAACAGUAGUAACCUGUUGGCGGAAACCCUACAGCAGCAGCAGGGCGGUCAACCAAUGGGACCUGGGAGUCAAGCAGGGAUGAGACCACAGCAGCCUGGUGCACUGAACAAGAUGAAUAUGAUGGCCAACGCGGGCCCCUAUGGCGGUCCGUACGGCCAGUCUGCUGGCCAGGGGCUGCCUGGAGCAGGGCUGGGCCCACAGCUCCAGAAUAAGGCAGGACUGCCCAACAAUAUGGCCACUCAGUUCAACAUGGACAAGAAGGCGCCACCGGGUCAAGGCAUGCCUGGGAUGGCAUCUCAGCAGCAGCAACCCGGAGCGGUUGGUGGUGUAUCUGUCGGCGGAGCGGCAGCGGUGGGAGCUGCCCAGGUUGGGCUUGGUGCCGUAGGGGCAGGUCCCGGUGCAGCACCCCCUACUGCAGACCCUGAGAAGAGGAAGCUGAUUCAACAGCAGCUGGUCCUCUUGCUCCAUGCGCACAAGUGCCAGCGAAGGGAGCAGGCCAACGGUGAAGUGCGGCAGUGCAACCUGCCCCACUGCCGCACCAUGAAGAAUGUGCUCAACCACAUGACUCAUUGCCAGGCUGGCAAAUCCUGCCAGGUGGCACACUGUGCCUCAUCCAGACAGAUCAUCUCUCAUUGGAAGAAUUGCACACGACACGACUGUCCUGUAUGCCUGCCACUGAAAAAUGCUGGAGACAAGAGGAACCAGCAGUCUCUUGUCAACAGUGCAGGUGUGGGUUUGGUGAACUCUUUAGGUUCAGGAGUGCCAGGUGGACAGUCCAACACUCCAAAUCUGAACCCUCCCAGCCAGAUUGACCCCAGCUCCAUAGAGAGGGCCUACGCUGCAUUGGGCCUCACUUACCAGGGCAACCAGAUGCCACAGCAGCAACCACAGGCCAACAUGCCAAACCAGGGGCUGCAGGGGCAGCCUGGGAUAAGGACUCUAAACACCAUGGGAGGAAACUCUAUGGGAGUGAAUGGUGGAGUGGGAGUGCAGCCCCCCAACCAGCAGUCCACCCUACUGCCAGAUGCCAUGUUACACAACAACAUGAAUGCACAGAGUUUGAUGAAUGAUGGUGUGGGGAACCUGGGCUCCAUGCCCACAGCAACUCCUCCUUCUGCUGCAGGCAUGAGGAAGUCUUGGCAUGAAGACAUCACGCAGGACCUCCGCAAUCACCUCGUCCACAAGCUUGUGCAGGCCAUCUUCCCCACUCCUGACCCAGCUGCACUGAAGGAUCGACGGAUGGAGAAUCUGGUGGCUUACGCUCGAAAAGUAGAGGGAGACAUGUACGAGUCAGCCAACAGCAGGGCGGAGUACUACCACCUGCUGGCAGAGAAGAUCUACAAGAUCCAAAAGGAGCUGGAGGAAAAGAGGAGGACACGACUCCAGAAGCAGGGCAUGAUGCCCGGCCAACCUGGAAUACCCACCUCAGGCCUCCCACAGGGGCCUCCCAACAUGGGACAGCCGCCCAUGGCCCCAGGGCAACCCCCAAAUGGUCCUCAUGCUGAUCCGUCCAUGGCCCGACCAGCUGGACCCAAUCAGAUGGUCAACAGGAUGCAGAACCCAGCAGGAAUGAACCAGUUUGGUCAGAUGGGGAUGCAGCCAAUGGGUCAGAGGUCGACACCUCCUCUUCCUCUUAAUCCUCCAAUGAACCAGAUGGGUAUGGGAGCAACAAGAAUGGGCCAGCCCAACGCCACACAGUUACAGAACCAGUACCUCCCCACGGGCCAAUUUCCUGGGUCCAGUCCCGGACUUGGUUCUGGUCCUGUUGGCAUGAAUCAGCCAGGGCCACAGACUACAGUGCCACCGCAGAACCCGAUGUCAACGCCGCCUUCCCUCCCAGCCAGCAGCCCCGCAGCACAGUCCGCCUCUUCUGUUCCGGGCUCCGGAGCCCCUGGAGGCUCCAUGGGGACUGGUAGUGCCAGUGGUGCCGGGCCUCUACCCAACUUGCCUCCAUCCUCCACCCCCACCCAGCCCAACUCCUACCCUCACUGCCCAUCCAUCCGAACAAACUCCCCGUCACCAGCACGCAGCUUAACGCCUCAGCCCCAUCAAACACCCCCCACGUUACCUGGCUCUCAGACCCCACAGCCGCUGACCCCCAGCACACCCCAGCUCCCCCCACCACAACAUCCGCAGCAGCAGCAACAACAGCAGCAACAAGCUUCGCAGCAGCAGCAGCAGCAGCAGCAGCAGCAGCCGCCGCAGCCGCAGCCGCAGCCACCAGGGCAGAUGGUGAACUCUGAGAAGGCCAGUCAGCUCCCACAGCAGACACUUGGGGGCGUGGCUUCCUCAGGCCCCCAAGCAGGUCAGGCUUCAUCAGUGCCUAACCAGAAUGCUCAUGUGCCACUGCAGCUGCCUCAGACCCCACUAUCUGCAAAGCCAUCUCUGACAGCAGAUGGUCAGGUAUCCUCUCCGGCUUCAGUCAACAGCAGCGCUGAUCCCAGUUCCCAGCUCGCCCUGGCAGAUGGCCCUGCUCCCAGCCAGGAAGACAUUAAAAUGGAGGUGAAGAAGCAGGAGGAGGAUGACGAAGGGGCUGAUACACAAGGAGAGGGCAAAGGGAAGAUGGGCAAGGGUCAGCCUGAUGUGAAGACGGAGGAGAAACCUGAGAUAAAGAAAGAGAAGUCAUCAGGAGAUGGUUGUAAAGGUGAGCCCAUGGAUACAUCUUCCUCAGUGUCGUCGUCAGUAGCAACAGGUGAAGACAAGAAGCCGGAGGUGAAGAAAGAACCCAAAGAGGAAGAGGAGGGGUCAGGGUCAACAGGAACCAACAGCUCCCCAGCCAGCACUCAGAGCAAGAAGAAAAUCUUUAAGCCGGAGGAGCUGCGUCAGGCUCUGAUGCCCACCCUGGAAGCUUUGUACCGGCAGGACCCUGAGUCCCUUCCCUUCCGUCAGCCGGUGGACCCCCAGUUACUGGGAAUACCCGUACGUAUUCGAACUAGUAACAAAACUAACCUGGACUACUUUGACAUUGUGAAGAACCCCAUGGACCUGUCGACCAUCAAGAGGAAGCUGGACACGGGACAGUACCAAGAGCCAUGGCAGUACGUUGAGGAUAUCUGGCUGAUGUUCAACAACGCCUGGCUGUACAACCGCAAGACUUCCCGUGUCUACAAGUACUGCUCCAAGCUGGCUGAGGUGUUUGAGUCGGAGAUUGACCCCGUCAUGCAGGGCCUAGGGUACUGUUGUGGGAGGAAGUUUGAGUUUUCUCCCCAAACUCUUUGCUGCUAUGGAAAACAAUUAUGCACCAUCCAACGUGACGCUGCCUACUUUAGCUACCAGAACAGUUCACCAAAAUAUGGGCUUCUUGCUGACAGGUACCACUUCUGUGAGAAGUGUUUCAACGAAAUCCAGGGCGAGAGCGUUUCCCUGGGUGACGACCCCUCCCAGCCUCAGACGUCCAUCAACAAAGACCAGUUCCAGCGAAAGAAGAACGACACACUUGAUCCUGAGUUGCUUGUGGAAUGUAUUGACUGCGGUCGUAAAAUGCACCAGAUCUGUGUCCUGCAUCAUGAAACCAUAUGGCCUUCAGGCUUUGUGUGCGACAACUGCCUCAAAAAGGCAAAUAAGACAAGGAAGGAGAACAAAUACGCAGCUAAAAGGCUUCCCCAAACCAAGUUGGGGAGCUUUUUGGAGACACGAGUGAACGACUACCUCAAGCGCCAGAGCCACCCCGAGUCUGGUGAGGUCACCAUCCGAGUGGUCCACGUCUCAGACAAGGUGGUCGAGGUCAAGCCAGGCAUGAAGUCCAGGUUUGUGGACAGUGGAGAGAUGGCCGAGUCCUUCCCAUACAGGAUGAAAGCCUUGUUUGCGUUUGAGGACAUCGACGGAGCAGAUGUGUGUUUUUUCGGCAUGCACGUUCAAGAGUACGGCUCAGACUGCCCGCCUCCCAAUCAGAGACGAGUGUACAUCUCUUACCUGGACAGCGUGCACUUCUUCAGACCUCGACACCUCAGGACCACUGUCUACCAUGAGAUCCUGAUAGGCUACCUGGAGUAUGUCAGGAGGCAGGGGUUUACCACAGGUCAUAUCUGGGCCUGUCCGCCCAGUGAAGGGGAUGAUUACAUCUUCCACUGUCACCCAGCGGACCAGAAGAUCCCCAAGCCAAAACGCCUGCAGGAGUGGUACAAGAAGAUGCUGGACAAGGCUGUUGCUGAGCGCAUUGUCCAUGAUUACAAGGACAUCUUUAAGCAGGCGACAGAGGACCGGCUGACCAGUGCCAAGGAGCUGCCAUAUUUUGAAGGUGAUUUCUGGCCCAACGUUCUGGAGGAGAGCAUCAAGGAGCUGGAGCAGGAGGAAGAGGAGAGGAAGAGGGAGGAGAACAGCACCUCCAACGAGAGCACAGAUGCCACGAAAGGAGACAGCAAGAAUGCCAAAAAGAAGAACAAUAAAAAGACAAGCAAGAACAAGAGCAGCUUGAGCCGAGCCAAUAAGAAGAAACCAGGGAUGCCCAAUGUUUCCAAUGACCUUUCUCAGAAACUCUACGCCACCAUGGAGAAACAUAAGGAGGUCUUCUUCGUCAUCCGCCUCAUUGCCGGCCCCACCGCCAACUCCCUGCCCCCCAUCACUGACUCGGACCCCCUGAUGGCCUGCGACCUGAUGGACGGACGCGACGCCUUCCUGACUCUGGCCAGGGACAAGCACCUGGAGUUCAGCUCUCUCAGGAGGUCCAAGUGGAGCUCCAUGUGUAUGUUGGUGGAGCUGCACAACCAGAGCCAGGACCGCUUCGUCUACACCUGCAAUGAGUGUAAACACCACGUGGAGACCCGCUUCCACUGCACUGUCUGCGAGGAUUACGACUUGUGCAUCACCUGCUACAACACUAAAGGUCAUGAGCACAAGAUGGAUAAGCUGGGCCUGGGAUUGGACGACGACAGCAACAACCAGUCGGCAGCAGCUACCCAGAGCCCCGGAGACUCCCGCCGCCUAAGCAUCCAGCGCUGCAUCCAGUCGCUGGUCCAUGCAUGCCAGUGCCGCAACGCCAACUGUUCCCUGCCGUCCUGCCAGAAGAUGAAGCGCGUUGUCCAGCAUACAAAAGGCUGCAAGCGCAAGACGAAUGGCGGCUGCCCCAUCUGCAAGCAGCUCAUCGCUCUAUGUUGCUACCAUGCCAAACACUGUCAGGAGAACAAAUGUCCGGUCCCGUUCUGCCUGAACAUCAAACAGAAACUACGGCAGCAGCAGCUGCAGCACAGACUCCAACAGGCUCAGAUGUUGAGGAGAAGAAUGGCCAGCAUGCAGAGGGUGGGGCAGCCGGCUGGAGGGCCACCGGGAGGGCCUGUGGUUGGACUUCCAUCACCAGGAAACAAUGGCACCACGGCACCGAGUACACCGACAUCUGGGGGAACGCAACCCCCUACUCCCCAGACCCCAACUCAGACCAUGCCUCCAGUCCCACAGCAGGGAAUGGGCCCAGGACCUGGAGUCCAACAGCCACAGCAGCACCAGCAGCAGCAGCAGCAGCUGCAGCCCGCUGGGAUGCACUCACAAGGUGGCAUGCCUCCUCAGCACACCCUUCACCACCAGUUUCCGCAGAUGGCAGGUGGAGGUGGAGGUGGUGGGGCUGGGGGGAUAAUGAGUUCUCCCCAACAUCAACAGCAGAUGCUUCCUCAGGUCCAGCAGCAGCAGCAAAGUGGAGCAGGGACCAACCCUCAGCAGCUCCAACAGCACCCCAACAAUUUGCCUCCGUAUGGCAGCAGACCCCCGGGCUCCUCCCCAAUCCACCAGUCCCAGGGCAAACCUGUCCUUGGCUCUGCAACGCCUCCCCAGCAGCAGCCUGGUGGCACUGUCAUGGCUGGAAGUGUUGGAGGGCAGCAACCUCCUAGCCAGCCCCAGGGCCAGCCUCCACUUUCACAGCAGCAACAGCAGCCUCCGUCUGGCCCUCCACCGGCAGCAGUAGAAAUUGCCAUGAAGAUCCAACAGGUAGCUGAUGCUCAGAGGAAGAUGGCUCUGCAAAGACAAGCGGCCCAGGCAGCUGCAGGCUUGAUGCCUCCUCUGCCGCACCAUCAGCAGGGUCAAGGUCAGCAGAUGGGCAUGGGACACCCAGGGGCAGUAGGGAUGGUUGGACCCCAGGGCAUGCCACCGCAGACAGCAGCAGUGGCAACUGCUCGGGCCCACAUGGAUCAACAACAGGGUGCUCCGCCAGGGAUUAUGGUUGGCGCUGGGGGGCCCAUGCAGCAGCCCCCUCAGCAGGGUAACCUGCCCCAGGGCCAGAUCCCCUCUCAGGUGCAGCUGCAGCAGCAGAGGAUGGGUGCACCACUUCAAAACCCUCAGCAGCAGCAACAGCAGUGGGCAGGCCAGGGGAUGCCACCCCAGCAGAGACAAGCUAUGAUGAACCAAAUGGGCCAUCCAGCCAUGAUGGCAGCUCAGCAACAGCAACAGCAGCAGCAAUUGCAACAACAACAACAGCAACAGCAGCACCAACAAGCUCAGGGCCACGCUGCCUUGAUAAACAUGGCACAACAGCAGCAGCAGCAGCAGCAAGGUGCUGGUGGGGGCGUCCCAGGGGGAGCUGUCCCUGGAGCUGCUGGUGUUCCAGGGGCUGGUGCUGCUGGUGGGAACAUCCCCCAGGCAGCCCUCCAGGACCUGUUACGGACUCUCCGCUCGCCCAGCUCACCACUCCAGCAGCAGCAAGUCCUCAACAUCUUGCGGUCUAAUCCACAGCUCAUGGCUGCUUUUAUUAAGCAGAGGGCCUCCAAAUACAAGGGGGUGCAGGGGGGCCCUGGUGGACCAGGUGGUGUGCCAGGAGGUCCUGGUCCCACAGGGGGUCCUGUUGGUAAUGUCAUGGCAGGAGGGGGCCCACAGGUAAACAUGAAUGCUGCAGGUGCCGGUCAGCCAGGGAUGCACAUGGGGGGUCAGGGAGGGACAAAUGUCAACAUGGCCACCAUGGCCCAGCUACAGCAAGUACAACAGCAGCAGCAGCAACAACAACUGCAACAGCAGCAGCAGUUACAACAGCAGCAGAGGCCAAUGCUCAGUGGGUUACAGCAGCAGCAAGUGGCAGCACUUCAGCAGCAGCAACAACAACAGCAGCAGCAGCAAGGGGGAGGGAGGGGUAUGCAGGGCCAGGGGCCACAGAUGGGAAACCUCAACACUACUCAGUUUAGAGAGAUGCUCAUGAGACGGCAUCUCCAGCAGCAGCAACAACAACAACAGCAACAGCAGCAACAACAACAGCAGCAACAACAAAUGGGAGUAAAUCACGGUCAGUUCCAGCAGCCGCAGCCACCGCAGGGGCAGGGCUACAUGGGACAGCCUGGGAUGCAGCCUCCUACAGUGGGUCAGGGCCCACCCGGAGGUCCACCUCUUGGGCCCCAGCAGCCUGGUGGUCCCCCAGGCCAGCAGGGGCAGGGUUACCCAGGGUCUGUGGCCCAGCAGCAGGCCGCAGCUGCACUCCAGCAUAGGCUCCAGCACCAGCACCACCUCCAGAUGCAGCAGCAGAAUGCCAUGGCUGGCCUGCCAGGGGGCGAUGCAGGGCCAGGUGGAGGGGGUGUAGGAGGUCCUCAGCAGCCACCUCAGGGCCCUCAGCCCCCUCAAAGCGGGCCCCCACCUCCAUCUUCUCAGGCCCUGCUCCAACAGGCCCUCCACCAGAGGCUUCUCCAGCAGCAGCAGCAGCAUCUGGGCCCUGGGGGGUCACCAGCCCAGCACAGCAAUCCCAUGAGUCCUCAGCAGCCGCAGCAGAUGGCCCAGUCCCCGCACCCACAUCUGCAGGGCCAGCCAUUGCCCACCUCCUUGGCCAACCAGGUGCGGUCCCCGCAGCCCUCCCCCAGACCCCAGUCCCAGCCGCCACACUCAAGCCCGUCUCCGCGCAUGCAGCCCCAGCCCUCCCCACAUCACAUCUCUCCCCAGAUGCAGACGGGUUCCCCACACCCAGGCCACCUGAACCAGCACCACCCUGGCAUGGUGGUCCCUCCACAACAACAGCAACAGCCACCGACCCAACAGCAGCAACAGAACUCUAUGGAGCAGUUUGGGUCAGACCAGAAUGCCAUGUUAUCUCAGCUGAGCGGCAUGGCCGGUCUCCACGGGCCGGGGGGCAGCGGUCAGGACCCACUGGGCCAGAAUAUGAAUCACAACCCUUUAGACAUCAUGUAGGAAUUCUACUUAAUGUGUCAAGUUGAGCUGAAACGCUCUGUGAUUCUUCGCACAAACUGCACUCACCCAGGACAGUGUUAUUGUUAUUACUUAGCCUUUCUUUUUUAUACUAUUAUUAAAUGUUAUUUAAAAUGUUUUCAAUAAAGACGCAUUGAACUGAACUUCCUAUGGGAGAUGAACAAUAAAUCAAGCAGUCGUUAAAUAAAUUAGAAUAAAUGAAUUGUAAGUUAUUGCUGUUAAUAUAUUUUUUUGCCAAUUGUGGACAAAGAGGGGGACGGUUUCUCUAGCAGCCUCCUCAACUCCACCUCUUGCAGAAUAGAAGAAAGGCGCUAUUUUCGGGGGGUUUCGGGGGUAAACAGGAGUACUUGCCUUUUAUAGAAAUGUUUUUAAGGUUUUAAACAUGGUCAAGAAUUAAAGAGGAAAUGAUUUAAUGCAAAGAACUUUUUUAUUGGUUUUUGUUUCCCAUCAUUCAGUCUGUCUAUUUCUGUUUUGCAGAGUGAUGUGGAUUAUUAUUAUUAAUGUAAAUCCAAACAUGAUGCAUAUCCUCCUUUUUAAAUGUUUGGGUUUGCUUUAUUUAUUGUUUUCUUUUUGGGGGGUGGGGGGGUGGGGGCGUUAUGUACCCUGAGACUGCUACAAUUCGUAUAGAAAUAUAUUUUUGUUAUUGACUGUUAAAGGGGGGAGGGGGUAGUGGAUAUUUCUUUUUGCUGUAGAUGUCUUUAGUUGGGUCUGUCCAGGUGGGAGUAAUUAAAUGUCAGUGUUUUAUUGCAGUGGUUGAGGGUCUGCUGUGAGUUUGACAUGUUGAACGGACAUAUUGUGACGUCUCGGGCCAGCGUCUGUGUUUGGAUGUCGGUCAUGCUGGAAGGGACUCUUCCCUCGCAAAACAUGCAAGCCCUCUCCCUCGAAUGUGUGUGCACUCCUUCCUUUAAAGACACUUAAUAUGGAGCAGUGGAGGCUUGGGGAGGGGGGGUGCAUACCUGUGUGCCUGUAACCUUUUGAGUACAUGGGCUGGGAUGUGAAAAAAAUGGGUGGGGUGGGCUCCUUUUAGUGUUUUAGGAUUCUACUGUUUGGGAGUAAAGUAAACAGAGGAUUUGAUCCAAAUGAACUGUGUUGCACAGAAAUGAGGAGAAAGGAGGAGAUAUGAGCCGUCAGUCUCCGUCUCUUUCUGCCUCGUCCCCUUUGCUGCUUCCCUCGGACUUUAAAUCCCCCUCCUCCUCCUCGCCCUCUUCCUCCUCCUCUGGGGGAAGUUGAUCUCCCUCCCCCCUGACUCCAUCUUUAUCUUUCUGCUAAGAACUUUGGGAGUUUAAUUUAAUAUUUUUUACUGUACAAAGGAAACACAAACUGUGGACUCAAAUACUGUUUUUUUAUAAUAAAAUGAAAAUUACCAAUA